AUGGCUCCGACUGCCAAAGCAUUCAACAUGUCUUCUUGCCGUCCGGGGGUUCGUAUCGCCGCGUUGUUGAACCAGGCUUUUAAGAAGCUGAAUGUCAGGAGCACAUUUUCUGUCGCGGCUCAGUCAAUGCGAGCGACCCCAGCCGCACACUUCAACCUCUCCAACGCACAGUCAUCCGAUCCACGACAGUCGCGAAAAGCAGGAGAUAAGUCGUUUCUUGGAAUAACGGGAGGCCAGAUCUUCCAUGAGAUGAUGAGACGACAUGGCGUUAAGCACAUUUUCGGGUACCCUGGAGGGACUAUUCUUCCUGUCUUUGACGCCAUAUACAAUUCGCCGCACUUUGACUUUAUUCUCCCCAAACACGAGCAGGGUGCAGGACAUAUGGCGGAGGGAUAUGCAAGAGCUUCAGGCAAGCCAGGAAUCGUUCUGGUUACGUCCGGACCUGGAGCGACAAAUGUGGUGACCCCAAUGCAAAAUGCUCUAUCUGAUGGAACCCCCAUCAUCGUUUUUUGUGGCCAAGUUUCGACCUCGGCAAUCGGAAGCGAUGGUUUCCAAGAAGCCGACAUGCUGGGCAUCUCCCGGUCAUGUACCAAGUGGAAUGUCAUGGUCAAACAUGUCUCUGAAUUGCCGCAGAUAAUCAACGAAGCCUUCCAGAUUGCCACAAGCGGAAGACCAGGCCCGGUUCUUGUCGAUCUCCCCAAGGACGUCACGGCUGGCGUGCUCAGGAAAGAGGUCCCCAUGAUGUCGACCUUGCCGAGUCUGACUUUAGCGCAACCAAGCCAAGCAACACUCUCAAAAACCUUUCACCGCAUAGCGGAACUCAUCGACGUGGCGAAGAGGCCUGUCAUCUACGCUGGUCAAGGGGUAGUAAGCUCUCUGAACGGAUCUGAGCUGCUUAGACAGCUUGCUGACCGAUCAUCAAUCCCGGUCACCACGACCUUGCAGGGACUGGGAGCAUUCGAUGAACUUGAUGAAAAGUCACUUCACAUGUUGGGAAUGCAUGGUUCAGCCUAUGCCAAUAUGGCCAUGCAAGAAGCUGAUCUUAUUCUUGCCCUUGGUGCGCGCUUUGACGAUCGAGUGACUCUAAAUACCCAGAGAUUCGCCCCUGCUGCAAAGGCGGCAGCAGCAGAGGGUCGUGGGGGUAUCAUCCACUUUGAUAUUACGCCAAAAAAUAUCAAUAAAGUGGUCCAGGCAACCGAAGCCGUUGUCGGCGAUGUGUCUGACAGCCUUGCAGAGCUCUUGCCACAUGUGAAGCGGAGAACAAUGGCGGAUCGGCGAGAAUGGUUCGAAAAGAUUCAAGGAUGGAAAAAUCGGUGGCCGCUCGAUUUGUACAAGCAGUCAGGGGGGCCGUCCCGCCUGAUCAAACCUCAGUAUGUGAUCCAGCAAUUGAGCGAACUGACGGCUGAUCGUAAACAUGAAAUGAUCGUCACCACGGGGGUUGGCCAGCAUCAAAUGUGGACGGCACAGCAGUUCCGCUGGCGGUACCCACGUACCAUGAUCACCUCGGGGGGAUUGGGGACCAUGGGUUAUGGGCUGCCUGCAGCGAUUGGGGCCAAGGUGGCGCGCCCAGAGGCGCUGGUGGUUGAUAUCGAUGGCGAUGCCUCUUUCGCAAUGUCCCUGACUGAGCUAUCGACAGCGGCCCAAUUCAAUAUUGGCGUCAAAAUUAUCGUACUGAACAAUGAGGAACAGGGGAUGGUAACACAAUGGCAGAAACUCUUUUACGAAGAGCGCUACGCGCAUACCCACCAGUUAAAUCCUGACUUUAUGGGGUUUGCCAAAGCCAUGCACGUUCAGCACCGUCGGGUCAGCGAGCCACAUGAGGUAGUUGAUUCCCUGGGAUGGGUCAUUACCACAGACGGGCCCGCCUUACUAGAGGUUAUUACAGAGAAGAAAGUGCCUGUUUUCCCAAUGGUUCCAGCUGGCUGUGCCCUACAUGAGUUCAUAACAUCGAAUGCGGAAAAGGGACAAGGAAAGAAGAACUCUGAUGCUUGA